AUACAAAUAUCAUUGCUUCGUUCUAAUUGGUAUGCUAGUGUUUAAAUUGAAAUUGCAAGAGAAAUCGAAAAAAUACCAGCAUGUGCGUUCAAUAAUGUCCUCAUUAUGAAAGGCUUUCACAUCACUCUGCGUGACAUGACGGAUGAUAUUGACGCUGGCGUCACCAUAGCAACCACCAGGGGUCAGUAUCAGCGCAAACAAGGAUAAACAUCAAGGGUGCGUUCAUAAAUUCACUUUGGCUAGUUAGGGUCUGGUUGUAAAUUCAAUCUGGAGUGCCAGUGGGCGCUCAGACUGCGUUCUGGGCGUUCAUAAAUUUGUUUCGCUCUCGGAGUGUCCAGAGCUCACGCUGGACGCUUUGGCUAGCUUGGGUGCUUGACUACUAACAGGCUAAAGUUGGCUAGAUUGCUAGCUACUUCCAGACACAUGAAAGAACACCUCACUCGCCAUAGCAGAGCAAAUUACGUUUUUUAGAUGUCAUCUCGAGCGUUUGUGACUAACUGCUACUGGCAACAAUUUCAUAGUUUUUUUUGCCAACGUCUACCAACCGGUAAUAUUCAAUGGGUGUUGCGCGUUCGUAAAUUCAUCAGUUAUUCAGUGCGCUGGCACAAACGAGAGUGCUCUGAAAUUGGAGUAGAUAGCCAGAGUGCAUUUACAAACGCACCCCUACUCAGAUUUCAGCGCACUCUAGUCUGAGUGUAUCAGAGCGCAGAAUAACUAGCAAAAAAGUUCUUAAAUUGUUGCCAGCAGCAGUUACAGUCACCAACUCUCUAGAUGACAUGAGCCUAGCCUGCUCUGCUUGGGCGAGUAAAAUGGUCAGAGUGAGGUGUUCUCUCAUUUAUGUCUGGAAGUAGCUAGCAAGCUAGCCAACUUUAGCCAGUUCGCUUGGGUGCUCGACUGCCGUUGUGAGGUCAGAACGCUCGGAUCAACCCUACUCCUCCGCCAGAGUGUCAACUGUGCGCUCUGAAUUUACGAAUGGACAAUCUGACAUUUCUCGAAAUUUACGAACGCGCACUCUGGCACUCCAGAGCGAUUUUACGAAUACACCCCAAGUUGAUCGCGUGGCAGCGGCAGGUAGGCGACGUGAUAAAAUAACGUGAUGUGUGCAAAUAUUUUAGGCUGCUAAUCGUGGAUAUUGCGUUUACUUUAUAAAAACGUAUCUGAUUAAUACUGUGUACUCAUGAACUGACUCACUAGCCUAUAGUAUCAUUGUUCAAGGUGAAUUAUUCCUACUGUAGUAGUAAAUAAAGUCGUUAUAGCAACUUGGCAUCCAGUGCAUAGUUGACAGCAUAUUUGAGAGAAAGUUGAAAAUAUUUUCUUACUAGUGGUCAUGACAGCUCUUAUGUCAUGUUUAUGCCAUUGUUAGCCUAUUUACAUGUCAUAAUGAGGUGUUAUUGUUAUCCCUUUGACUUUGUACUUGUCUCCCAUUGAAGAAAAUGUGCUGUGUUCAGAGACAUUUAAAGGAAAAUACAAUCAACCAGUGGAGGCUGCUGAGGGGAGCACGGCACAUCAUAAUGUCUGGAAAGGAGCUAAUGGAAUGGCAUCUAACACAUGGAACCCAUAUUUGAUGUAUUUGAUACCAUUCCACCUAUGCCGCUCCAGCCAUUACCACGAGCCCGUCAUCCCCAAUUAAGGUGCCAUCAACCUCCUGUGCAAUAAACAGCCAUCUUUUUGUUAAGGUUCAGCAGCUCAAGUAUCCAUGACUUCCCGGAUGGUGCAACUCGCUCAGCCCAAACCCAACCUGCUCCGAUUCCCUGACCGACGGUCAGUCUACUGGCUAGAUGAACUCCCACCUGAAAGAAAUGGCUCCACCACCACGUUUGAGUUGACGCCCCACUGGUCCCAGCUGUGUGGUAGGAAGCAGCUUCAUUCUGGGUUCGAACAGAGCAGAUCAUCUCCCCAAUGGGAGGUCAGUGUAGCAGCUCUGAGUGCCUAUCCAUCCAAUAGAGUGUGUUCUCUGGCUUUGCCCCGCCUCCCCACCGCAGGCUGGGAAUAUGACCGCCCCCUACUGGCCUCCCUGAGCACAGCGGUGCAGACUGCAGUAGCCAGUCCUAGGGUCUGCCAGUUGGCCUGUCCCAAGCGGAGGCAGGGUCUCUAUUCGCCCCAUUCAUCCAAGACCUCACUGGCACCCCCCCACCCAGCUGCAACCUCCUCCCGACUACAGCUCCUUGCCAUCCCUAAGUCUGUCCACCCCCAGUAUGCCCAGGACCGUCCAGUCAUCUGGCCAGUGCCUGGGCCAGUGAGGAAGGCAGUAGCCAGUGAGAGGGUGCAGGUCCUCUCACAGCCCAACCAGCGGAAGGCGCUGUUCCAAGGCUACAACCCGUACACGGUUACGCUAGCUGCACGCUCCGCUAGCGCCUCGCCGCGCCUACAGAGGACCUGAGCCCUAGGACCAUGCCUCAGGACUACCUGGCAUGAUGACUCCUUGCUGUCCCCAGUCCACCUGGUAGUGCUGCUGCUCCAGUUUCAACUGUUCUGCCUGCGGCUAUGGAACCCUGACCUGUUCACCGGACGUGCUACCUUGUCCCAAAUCUGCUGUUUUCAACUCUCUCUCUACCGCACCUGCUGUCUCUAACUCUGAAUGAUCGGCUAUGAAAAGCCAACUGACAUUUACUCCUGAGGUGCUGACCUGUUUCACCCUCUACAACCACUGUGAUUAGUAUUAUUUGACCCUGCUGGUCAUCUAUGAACGUUUGAGCAUCUUGCCAAGGUACUGUUAUAAUCUCUACCCGGCACAGCCAGAAGAGGACUGGCCACCCCUCAGAUCCUGGUUCCUCUCUAGGUUUCUUCCUAGGUUCCUUCCUUUUUAGGGAGUUUUUCCUAGCCACCGUGCUUCUGCAUUGCUUGCUGUUUGGGAUUUUAGGCUGGGUUUCUGUACAGCACUUUGUGACAUCGGCUAAUGUAAAAAGGGCUUUAUAAAUAAAUGUGAUUGAUUGAUUUA